CAGACCUUGAGCGAGCAAGCAAGCUCCUCUCUGGGACAAAGCAACCGGUGCUUCUCUACGAUGUUCACUGGAACAGACAUCAUGGAGGAGUACGAAAUGGACACAUGGCUCUUCAACAAUACCAGUGACAACAGCCAGGAGCAUGAGCGCUUCCUGAAGUUCAAGGAGGUCUUUCUGCCCUGCAUGUACCUGGUGGUGUUUGUCUUUGGCCUGGUAGGAAACUCUUUGGUUUUGAUCAUAUACAUCUUCUACCAGAAGCUGAGGAGUCUGACAGAUGUGCUUCUGGUGAACCUGCCUGUGGCUGACCUGGUGUUUGUCUGCACUCUGCCCUUCUGGGCCUAUGCAGGCACCUAUGAGUGGGUCUUCGGCACGGUCAUGUGCAAAACCCUGCGUGGCAUGUAUACUGUGAACUUCUAUGUGUCCAUGCUCACUCUCACCUGCAUCACGGUGGAUCGUUUCAUAGUGGUAGUCCAGGCUACCAAGGCCUUCAACCAGCAGGCUAAGUGGAUGACCUGGGGCAAGGUCACAUGCUUGCUCAUCUGGGUGGUCUCCCUGCUGGUUUCUUUGCCGCAGAUCAUCUAUGGCACCGUGGAGCAUUUUGACAAGCUCGUCUGUCAGUACCACAAUGAGGCGAUUUCGACUGUGGUUCUUGCUACGCAGAUGACUCUGGGUUUCUUCUUGCCACUGUUCACCAUGAUUGUGUGCUACUCAGGCAUCAUCAAGACCUUGCUCCAUGCACGAAGCUUCCAGAAGCACAAAUCUCUAAAGAUCAUCUUCCUUGUAGUGACUGUGUUCCUGCUGACCCAGACACCCUUCAACAUCACCAAGCUAAUCCAGAGCACAAGCUGGGAAUAUUACACCAUGACCAGCUUUCAUUAUGCCAUCCUAGUGACAGAGGCCAUUGCAUACCUGCGGGCCUGCCUUAACCCCGUACUGUAUACCUUUGUUGGCCUAAAGUUCCGGAAGAACUUCUGGAAACUUGUGAAGGACCUUGGGUGCCUUCCUUACCUGGGGGCCUCAAGUCAGUGGAAGUCUUCUGAGGACAGUUCCAAGACUUGCUCUGCCUCCCACAAUGCAGAGACCACCGUCAUGUUCCAGCUGUAGGCCUGGCCAGGCUUGGAAAAGGUGGCAUCAGAAUUCUUAGGAGCAUGUGGAUGUGAUGAUCAAGGCUUUGCUUACAGCACAUGCAUUGUCACAGGGAAGUCACUGAACUGGUAUGCAAAGCUUCUCAGAUAUGAACACACCCUAUUCUUAGCACUAGGCCUAAUGCUCAAAGGGGACAGCUUAAGAUUUUUAAGCACUUUCCUCCUUCCAUCCCCAAGAGGAUGAUGUGUGACUCUAAAAGUCUCAGAUUCUCUUUUACUAGGCUUGGGGCUGAAGGGUUAAGAGGAUAGCACAACCGACACAGUUAUUGAUGGCAGGUGACAUACUGAGCACCAGAGCUCAGAAAACUCCUCUGACUUGGGCAAGCAAUGGAGAUUUGAGCAACCUCAAAAACAAGUGCUGGUCUGUGUGGCUCAGACCUGUCACCAGGCAUCUAACAGGAUGAGCCCAAACUCAGUCUUACAUAGGGGUUUGACUUUUGGAUUGGUGGAUGCUUAUGUUUGCUCUGAGUAAUCCUGAAAGGUAGGAACUGAAAUAGGCCAGAAUAGAUUAGUCAGCUGAGUAUCAGUGGUAAGUAAAGUGCUAGUAAAAUGUGUAAAGCAGAGCUUAAAACUAUAACAAAUCUAAGCAGCGAUUUCAGAGUGGACUCUGAGUGGACUUUGCUCAUGUAAAAAAUGUCAUUAUCCAAUGCUUUCCACUCAUUUAAAAAAUAUGCACACACGUGUCACACAUUAUUAAG